AUGGAAUCCUCCUUCGAUUCCCAACCCAAUUCCACCGAGAAAGAAAACGGAGACCUGUUUUCAAAAUCAUUCCAAGAUAUAAUAUCGACUCUCCCCAAAGGAAAUUCCUGGGGCUUUCCCGACCAUCUUUUACAGUACCACGGGUUUUGGCACAGCUCGGUUUUCCUACAAGGAAUCUUGUCAGCUCAACAACAGUUCCAGGCUCAACCUGCUGAUAUCAUCCUUUGUAGCGCCCCCAAAACCGGCACAACCUGGUUGAAGUCCCUCACUUAUGCCACCAUCACAAGAACUUCAUACGAUGAUUCUACCAGCCCUUUGCUUUCCAAGAUGCCUCAUGAUGUUGUGCCUUUCAUGGAGCUUGAUCAUGCCCAUUUUUCCACUCAUCGACAUCUUGGAAUCCCUGUUUUGGCUACUCAUAUGCCUUACUCUGCCUUACCCAAAUCAGUAACUGAUUCCGGUUGUAAAAUUGUUUACAUAUGCAGGGACCCCAAGGAUUCAUUUGUUUCAUUGUAUCUCUUCCUUUCCAAGUACCAGAAAUCCCAAAAUAUGCAGACCUUUAAUCUUGAUGAAGCGUUUGAGCAGUUUUGCCAAGGUGUAUGUUGGUACGGACCUUAUUGGGACCAUGUUUUGGAGUUCUGGACAGCAAGUUUGGAACAUCCGGAUAAGAUUUUGUUCUUGAAAUAUGAAGAAAUGAGGGAUGAUACUAUUUUGUAUGUUCAGAGAUUGGCUGAGUUUAUUGGUUGCCCUUUCUCAUCCGAGGAAGAGGAAAAAGGAGUGCCUGAAAAGAUUGUAAAAAUGUGUAGUUUCGAGAACUUAAGUAACUUGGAAGUGAAUAAAAAUGGGAAACAUCGUGUAGGAGGGGCGGAAAACGCGAAUUAUUUUCGGAAAGGGAAGGUUGGGGAUUGGGAAAAUUGGUUGACACCUGAAAUGGCUGCACGGUUGGACCAGAUAACAGUGCAGAAAUUGAGCGGUUCAGGAUUAACUCUUUAAUUCAAUGUUGAAGAACUGGUUUAGAGUUGGUGUGUGUUUGUCUACCCUUUGAAUAAGGAUUAGUUAAAGCUUGUAUUGUAAUUCGGUGGAACAUGUUUGAUCUAUGA